AUGGCCGGCACAUCUCUCUACGAUCUCAUUAUCCCUACCUUUAUCAAGGGUCUUACUACCUACGACCACGUCCUCGCCAAGGCCCAGGAGUACGCCAAGGAGAAGGGCAUCAACGUCGAUGAGUUCCUCGAGGCCCGUCUCGUCGAGGAUCAGCUUCCUCUGAGCUUCCAGGUCCAGAACACCAGCAAGGUUGUCCAGAUCACUGUUGGUCGUCUGACUGGCGUUGAGCCCACACUGCUUGAGAACACUGAGAAGACCGUUGCUGAGCUCCGCACACGAGUGCAGAAGACUCUGGAGCUGGUCAAGGCUGUCAAGCCUGAGGAUGUGAACUCUCGAGAGGAGGCCCUGAUUGAUCUUCCCUGGGCUGGCAAGACCCACCAAGUCACAGUUAAGCACGCCGUCCUCACCCACGGCCAGACCAACUUCUUCUUCCACCUCGUCACUGGCUACUCAAUCCUCCGAGCCAAGGGAGUCCCCGUUGGAAAGGCCGACUACCUCAGCAGCUUCCUCGGACUGUAA